AUGUUCAAAACGCGGAAAAUUGGAAAAACCGGCAAUAACACCGUCAAUUUAAGAAAAUUAGAUUCCACUGUCUUACAACUAUUAUUAGAUUAUAUUUAUACGGGUGAAAUUAUCGUCACAAAAGAAAAUGUACAGGUCUUGUUACCAGCCGCAAGCCUCUUACAAUUAGAUUUUGUAAAUGACGCAUGUGUUGAGUUUUUACAAAAACAACUGGAUCCAUUAAAUUGUAUUGAUAUCAGAGCGUUUGCUGACUUACAGAACUGUACGGAAUUGUUAUCAAGUUGUGAAGCGUUCAUUAAAAAACAUUUUUUAGAAGUGGUUAAAAGUGAUGAUUUUCUAUCUUUAUCUUCUGAUGAUGUGGUAAAGAUUAUCUCCUGUAAUGACCUUAUUGUUCCAUACGAAGAAAAAGUAAACAAACUGCAAUAUUAG